UCUGUUCCGGCCUUUAUUUAUAUUUUGUUUUCUCUAAAGCUGUUUUUCAAUGUAACACAGCGGAACGUUUCGGUUCUGCGGAAACAAGUGCGGAAGGGAAAGUCAGCAGGAAUGCAGCAGUGCAGCCCGGACAGAGUUAACUGUAACACCAGCUGGAUACAUGUGAGUGACAGUGUUGUCGUGGAUACGGCGAUGAGACGGCUGUACGUCGGCGGGUUGAGCCACACGGUCACCCAGAAGGAUCUAAAGGAUCGAUUCGGAAAGUUUGGAGAGGUGGAGGAUGUGGAGCUCCGGACCAGGAGGGACGACGAGGGCGUUCCUUACAAAACCUUUGGCUACAUUAACAUCAACAUUUCAGACGCCGACCUGAAGAAAUGUUUGACGGUGCUGAACAAAUCCAAAUGGAAAGGAGGAACUCUGCAGAUUGAAACAGCCAAGGAGAGUUUCCUGCACAGGCUGGCUGAGGAGCGGCAGACGGCAGCAGAACAGCGCCUCCCUCAGACCGCAGCUGAGGACGUGAGACAGAAGAUGCUGGACUCCCUGAGCAAAGCUGGCGUGGACAACUUCACCAUGAAGGCUGCGGUGCCAGGGACCGAAGUGCCAGGACACAAGGACUGGGUGGUCAGUAAAUUUGGACGAGUCCUCCCCGUCCUGCAGCUCAGGAGUCAAAAAGGCAGCAGAGCUCGGACCCUGAAGUACGACCCGUCCAAAUACAGCCACAACAUCCGCAAGCUGGACCGGUCCACCGCAGACCAGCCAACCACAGACCGGCCCACACCUGUCACCCAGCUCACCUGGGAGGUGCAGGGAGGGGACGAUGACAUCAGCAAGAAGAGGCGGGGAGAGUUUCCUCCGUAUGAGCCACCGACACGCAAGAGUCGGACAGACGUGGUCAACUCCCACACUGCCGAGGGCAGAACCAGAUUGAAGCAGACGGUUGACUCUGUCAACAGCACCGAGGCUCAUCCGUUCACCAACGGACACGAACCACCAACCGACCACCGACUGGCCCAGGGGAAGGGGCCACGUUUGACUGACAGCGAUAUGGAUUCAGACGAGGAAAUCCGCAGAAUGGCGAGGGCCCACGACCCCUCCCAUGCUGCACUGUGGCAGGAAAAGGAGGAUGAUAAGCUGGAAGUAGUCGGACUCGACUACUUGGAGAAGUCCAGCCAUGCUCGUCAGCAGCAGAAAGGUAGUGCAGGUGACGAAGAAGAGAAUGACUACGACUCGGCAGACACAGAUGAACUCUUCGCCUCCAGGAAACCUCCUCCUCCAGCGCAGGAGAGACUGACUCUGCCCACUGCAGAACAGCUCGCAGGAAACGAGACGGACAAGAAGAGAAAGAUGAAGAAGAAAGGUAAAGCUGGAGAGGAAGAGGACAAUUCGGCAGAUUCUGAAAAACACGUCGCCUCCAGGAAACCGUCCUCCGCACAGCAGAGCGCGGAUUAUGAUAAGCCCGGUUCUCAGAACCAAAGUAAGAAGAUAAAAGUCCUCCCUGUUGUAAAACCCCCUUCCUCAGAAUCAGAUAGUGAUGUGGAUGAUGAUGAUGAAGAUGAUGUGGAUGAUGAUGAUGAUGAAGAGGAGGAGAAGUUAGAAUCGGCUGAUUACAGUUCAGAUUCUGAUUAUGAAGCCAUGUUUUCUAACGUCACCCGUCUGGAGAUCUCUCUGGCUGAUCUACAGAGGCUAGCUGAAGAAUCCCAGCAGACCUGUAAGACUACGGCUCCCAGCGUCCUCGGCGCCUCCCGGGAACAAGAAACCAACCUCACAUCCAGGCCUCCAGAACGACCCGCUCCCAAGAAAGGCACGACGCCGGAAGAGAUCCUCGCCGCCCUCAUGGAGGAGGACAGCAGCGGGGACGAGCAGAAGAAGACAAAGAAAAGGAAAGGCGUCGUGUCAGCGCCGCUGCCUGCCUUCCAGGGAACGAGAGCGCUGAACGACAGAUCACAAACGGAUGAGUGUCGGAAGGAAGAGGAGGAAGAGGAGAAGGAGGGGGGAAGAGGAGGUCAGGUUAAAAAACAGAAGCUGGACUCUGAAGCUCCUCUGCUGAACCACAGGGCAACGGGCGGCAAAACCAGCGGACAGAAACACAGCGAAACACAGAAUACAUCUUCAGAGAGCGAGGAGGAGGAGGAGGAGGAGGAGGAGGACAUGGCUGAGAAAGCUGAGACAGUUUCCUCCUCUAGCAGUGAUGAUGAUGAUGAUGAUGAGGAAGAGGAGAGGAUGAAGGCCAAUCAGAUUGAUGUUAGAGCUAAAGCUGCAGCAACCGUUCCAUCUUCGCCCUCCAGCUCCUCCGCUGAGGAAGACGAGGACGAGCAAGAGAUGAUUUCAGCUGAAGCUGCCGUGAAAGCAGCUCCUCCCCCUGCUCCUCACAGCGAGUCCUCCUCCAGCGAGGAAGAGGAGGAGGAGGAGGAGGAGGAGGAAGAAGAGGAGGAGGCUCCUCCCCGGGUGGCGUUAGGAGCUGCCGAGGAAGAGGAGCGGCAGAGGAAGGCCAACACGAGGAGGCUGGCUGCCGUCAAGCAGAGACAGAAAGAGGCUGAAGAACACAAGAAGCUGAUCCAGGGAGCUCUGGCCAACCUGGAUGCUCCAACAGCAGGGGCAGGGAAGCACAUCGUCUUUGGCUCUGAUGAUGAUGAUGAUGAGGGUGAUGAUGGUGUUGGUAAUGAUGCAGAUAAGCAGCAGGCAACCUCAGUGGUCACGACGUCAAAGAAGACUCUGUUCCAGGACAGCCAAUCAGAGGACGAGGCCACAGGUGAUGAGGCAGCAGUCAAUGAGAACGACACAACACAAGGAAAGGUGCGUCUGAAGCCAUCGGGCCCUCAGCUGUUUGGCGGCAGUGAGAACGAGGAGGAUGCUGAUGAAGAGGAGGAUGGCUGCAGGUUUGACAUCAGGCCUCAGUUUGAAGGCCAAGCAGGACAGAAGCUGAUGGAGCUGCAGUCUCGCUUCGGGACGGACCAGCGUUUCAGGAUGGACUCUCGCUUCCUAGAGGAGGAAGAGGACAACGAGGAGACAUCAGAGAAAAAGAAGAGCGUGAAUGAGGAAGAGGAGGCUCUGGACGAAGAGAGGAAGAAGAACCUGUCCAUCCUGCAGAGCGUCCUCGGCAGCAGCCAACAAACCUGCAGCAGCAAGACGGCCGGCAAAGCCAAGACCUUCAGAGACGUCUCAGCGCUGCAUUACGACCCCAGCAAAGAGGAACACGCUGCGUUUGAGACUAAAACCGAUGAAACCAAGAAGGAGAGCAAAGCGGCCAGGAGGAAGAAGAGGGAGGAGGCUCAGAAACUUCCGGAGGUUUCUAAGGAGAUUUACUACGACGUGUCCGGUGACCUGAAGGCCGUGUUUGGUCAAACCAAGAAGGAUGACGUCGCUGGAGAAGACAAGAAGACGAACUGGGACCAAGAGGAAGAACGAGAAGAGGAGGAGGAGGAGGAGGAGGAGGAAGGAGGGAAGGAAGAACGGCAAACCUUGCAGUCAUCUCUCCUCUUCGCUGCUCCCAGCGCAGAGAAAGAGGAGGCGUCUGGAUUUAAAUUCUCCUUCUUUGGAGACGACACAGAAACAGGAAGUGGAGAGACAGAGUACAAAGUAGAGAGCAUCCAAGCGCCAAAGGUGUCAUGGCAACAAGACCUACGUUUCCAUGACAGCAGCUCAGAUGAAGAUGAGGAAGAGCAGGAGGACGAGGAGGAGCAAAGCAACGUCGCCGCUUUAACCACAGAAGAGGAAACUACUUCAAAGACAGACCUAUUCUUCUUCUAUCCUGAAGACAGCAGACUGACAGAGGGCCCCAGGUUGUUCUGUCGUACCUCUCACCUGGAAGAGCAGAGGGAGCAGUGGGAGGAAAGGAGGAGCGAGCUCAGACAGGAGUACCGCAAAAAACACAAGGACGCCCGGAGGAAGCUUAAGUCCUCCCAGAAAAGCUGAGGAUUAUGGGAGGUGAAGUCUCUGUGUUUCAGUUUGGACUCACUGGUCUGGACUUCAGAAUUAUUUCUCCCCCCUCUGUGCCAUUUUGUGCCCCAGACUGAUUUUAGCAGUCAGCAGGAGGAAGACCAAAUGGCCUGUGAAGACACAGAUACCAAGUGAAAGAUCAUCAGUAUCAGAUUUAUUUUUUAUUUUAGUAAAUACUGAGAUAUUUUGUGGUCAGAACUUCCUGUUGGUCCAUCUGAUUUGGUUUUCUUGUUAGUUGCCAUGGAAACAAUGCUGCAAAUGAACUUCUGGACAAUCCUCAGCAGCAGCCAAUCGCAGCCUCAGAGGACCCAACCUGUAAAAAUAAUAAAUGAUUAAACAAACAAAUGGUCAAAUAAAUAGAGAAAGUGUUAACAAUAUGAUGAAA